GCAAGUUGACAACACUGAGUGAAGUACGCGUGCGUAUACCGAGGGCGACAAACGGUCUCAUGUUGUCAGUAAAAAACAAGCUCAUAUCGAAGACGAUGAGUAGCUUAGGUUAAAGUCGAAGAGGAAAUUGUGUGUGUGUGACUGUGUGUUCUUGCUGGCUGGCCGCCUCAUCAUCAUCAAGUGUUCUGUCUCAGCCUCGGUGGUCUCGGCACCACCGACACGUCAGAAGGUUCGGGAGGACUUUCACGGCUGAGGACAUGGAGGACAUUUGGACUCGCUGCUAACAAACCGGGACAUCCUGCAGAAGACAAAAUAAGGUGGACACCAUGAACUACGUGGGUCAGUUGGCCGGCCAGGUGUUGGUCACCGUCAAGGAGCUGUACAAGGGCAUCAACCAGGCCACAUUGUCCGGCUGCAUCGAUGUUGUGGUUGUCCGCCAAAGGGACGGCACCUACCAAUGUUCACCCUUCCAUGUGCGCUUCGGCAAGCUGGGCGUGCUGCGCUCCAAAGAGAAAGUGAUUGACAUUGAAGUGAAUGGAGAGCCUGUAGAAUUGCAGAUGAAACUCGGGGACAAUGGCGAGGCCUUCUUUGUUCAGGAAGCUGAGCAGCUGAAUCAGCUCGUCCCAGCCCACCUGGCCACCUCCCCGAUCCCAACAGACAGCAACCUGUUCUGGAUAUCAGAAGUGGAGCACAGGCCGGUCGCCCCAGAAGAACGUCCAGAGACGCCUGCUCCCACCAGCAUGGCCACAAAAAAGAAGAAAAGACGAAGGAAGAAGCACAAAGGAGACCCUCGAAGAGAAGAACUGACCCCGCCCGUGGCGGUCACUGCUGCUAAUGCUAAUGCUGCUAACACACCUGCUGCUGCCGUGGUCACGCCUGUGUCCACACUGGGCCAAAACGAGGAGAUCUUUGAGAUGGACCUGAGCUCUGAUGAGGAGGCUGUGGUGCAACAUGUUUCCAGAUCACCCUCAGGAUCCGCAAUACGAGACAUUGACCCUAAACUACCUACAGCCAGACGUAACCUGGAUGGUUAUGCAUUGUCUGAUGGGGACUGGACAGCAGACGACAGCCACAGCCUAUCUCAGGCCUUUUCACCCAAGAGUGACUCGGAACUGGUGGUGAGACCCUCAGAAUCGUUGCUCAGAGCUGAGUCCCACAUGCAGUGGACCUGGGGAGAGUUUCCAGAAACCACCAGAGUCACCAAAAAGGAGAAGGCAGAACUAAAACAGACAGUGACCAUCACCCCUUCAGAGAGCACCCACUUCCGUGUCAUCCUCAGCACAGAGGCCAUGGAGAACGAGGGUGAGCUUGGUGGACCCGAAGGCGUGGCCCCCUCUGUAUGCAGCAUCGUCAAGCCAGAGCCUCGCUGCCCUACCACCGCUACCGCUUGUGAGAGUCCUGUCACUCUCACACAGCCUGUGGACAUCCUGCCGUACAGUGUGGUCACCUCCACCCCCUCCAGCCAGCAGAGUGACUCACCCUCGAAAAAGAAAGGUGUCCCUAAGAGGAGCCAUCAUCAGGGCCCUGAGGACAUCUACCUAGAUGACCUGAAUGCACUUGAACCCGACGUAGCUGCAAGAUACUUUCCCAAGAGUGAGGCGGAGGCAGCCAGUAAGCACUGGAUGGACACGGAGAUGCGGUCCGGUUCCCAGUCACCGCAGUCAGUCGGCAGCGCUGCGGCAGACAGUGGCACAGAGUGUCUAUCUGACUCCGCCAGUGACGUCCCUGACGUCACCUUGUCGCUGUGCGGAGGCCUCACUGAAAACGCAGAAAUAUCCAAAGAAAAGUUUAUGGAGCAUAUCAUUACCUACCAUGAAUUUGCUGAAAAUCCCGCAAUUAUAGAUAACCCCAACCUUGUUGUAAAGAUAGGAAACAGAUAUUAUAACUGGACUCUAGCUGCUCCCUUGAUUCUGAGUCUACAAGCGUUUCAGAAGAAUUUACCAAAGGCUACAGAGGAGGCUUGGGUGAAGGAGAAAAUGCCAAAGAAGUCCGGCCGCUGGUGGUUCUGGCGAAAAAGAGCAGACAGUGCAAUCAAGCAGUCUGAGACUAAGCUUGAAACCAAGGAAGAGUCUCAAUUAGGGGAGGAAGGAUCCUCUAUUGCACAGGAGAAUCUAAUCCCGCUGGCUAAGACCACCGACUCGUCCAGUGACGAGGAGGGCAAAGAGGUCAGUGCUGCGUCGUGCCAGGAGAGACUUCAGCUGAGUGACGGCCAGCAGCACGCCAAGUCACACACUUACAGGAAGUCACUACGCCUCUCUUCUGAUCAGAUCGCUAGUCUGAAACUGAAGGAAGGUCCCAAUGACGUAACAUUCAGCAUCACCACCCAGUACCAGGGCACAUGCCGUUGCGAGGGCACCAUCUACUUGUGGAACUGGGACGACAAAGUCAUCAUCUCUGACAUUGACGGAACAAUCACCAAGUCUGAUGUGUUUGGACAGAUUUUGCCGCAGUUAGGGAAGGACUGGACCCACCAGGGAAUCGCCAAACUCUACCACUCAGUAGCUGAGAACGGCUACAAGUUUCUUUACUGCUCGGCCCGCGCCAUCGGCAUGGCGGACAUGACCAGGGGUUACCUGCAGUGGGUCAACGACGGCGGCACCAUCCUCCCCCGCGGGCCUCUCAUGUUGUCCCCCAGCAGUCUCUUCUCAGCCUUCCACAGGGAGGUCAUCGAGAAGAAACCAGAGAUCUUCAAGAUCGAAUGCCUCACCGACAUCAAGAACCUGUUCCAGCACAACAAGCAGCCCUUCUACGCCGCCUUUGGGAAUAGAGCUAACGAUGUGUUUGCUUACAAGGAAGUCGGAGUCCCCGUCUGCAGGAUCUUCACCGUCAACCCAAAGGGAGAGCUGAUUCAGGAACAGACCAAGGGCAACAAGUCCUCGUACGGCAGGCUGAGCGAGCUAGUGGAGCACGUGUUUCCGCUUUUGAGCAAGGAGCAGAACGAGGCCUUCGUCAUGCCCGAGUACAGUUCCUUCUGCUUCUGGAGGCAGCCUAUACCCGCCGUUAACCCCGAUGACCUCCUCUGAACCCAGAGGCGAUAAGGGGUUGACACUGAGGGGAAGACUGACAGGCUGGCAUCUUCAUCACUUUGACGCGUUGUGACUCACCUCCUCAGCACGGAGGAUCACAUCGUCGAGGUGAGUUAAUAAAUAAUAAAAGCAAGCGAGAGAGAGGCACUAGUGGUUUGCUGUGCAUACUAUGAGGAAUAGUUUGCCAAAUAACACCCUUUAGGGGGGAAAAGGUUCAUAUUUUUCCCCCCUAGGCCUUGCAGCUCUUGUGGACUCGUGGUGACUUCAUACCGAAUGAGUUACUAUUAGCUUGCUAUUCAAGUCAUGCCACUCUCUCCAAUGCUUACUUAAACCUUCUGUUUUUUUUUUUUUGGACACACCAUUACUAUUGAAAGGAAACGGACAAUAAAUAAAUAAGAUAACUUACGUAACAUUCAUAUUCAUGAUGGUGUGAUACCUCCACUCGACGGCUGAAUCAGCGCGCGAGUCGUUUAACGGCACUCGUUUAUUUAUGAUGAUACUUGAUGUGUUUAAGUUAUUGCCGGUCGUCAUGAUGCCUUUUUUGUUUUGCCUGAAGAUAUUUCGUUGUGUACGUCGCUGGACAACAUGCACUCGCCGGUUAACAACAAGCCUUGUGUGUUAUUGUUUUUGAAGUAAUACCAGCUUAAGGUACAUUCCUCUUCAGAUGUGUACAAAAUACAUACAUUUGUAUACAUAUUCACACUACCAGUCAAAAUACGCUUUCUUUUUUUUUUUUUUUAAAUAUUGAAGAAUUUGGUCUGCAGGGGUCGUCCAGAUACAAUAUCAAAUAUGGAGGAAGAGUUUGGGUGCAGGUGCUGUGCCAUUCUCCCGUUUAGUGUUGCUACUGAGUUCUAACAUCCAAACGCACUUUGUCGGACACGAGUCGGUCACAAGCACUUCAGUGCUGUUUUUGGUGGCUAGAGAAGACACAAGAAUGAAGUCAGUGUAGUGUUUAAAAGAGAUCACAUAGAGAUCCCAGAGCUGUAGCAGUGGAUCUAACACGUUUUCAUACGGUACACAUAGCGAUAGUUUUGUCGUGUAGCGGCAUUUACUUUCCACACAACAGGAAAGGGAAGAGCAGAAAGCCGGGAUAUAGAUGCUUUUCGAAGUGAACGGAUACAGAAUGGGCCACCGUCCCAGCUUUUUCUGGCGAUUCCCGUUCCUGUUUCACAGAAUACCGAGAAACCCUACAUUUGUAUCCUGUGGCGCUCUCCUGUGUGAACAGCACUGACAUCAAACAGCCAGGACCAAUAUGGACCUGGUGGUGUUCUAACGCAUACACGGUAGUAAUUUAUCGCUUUGCUGGGUUCUGAGUGAAAGACUAAAAGUGGCUCUGUUGAGUUACAUGCAAUUUGAUGGCGUCGAUGUGAAAGUCAUCACCAGUGCUGUUCACACAACAUCACAGGGCGAAAAGCGGCUUUUAAGUCUAAAUAGAGUGUGCGUUUGUAUGUUAGCUAGAGGUGUGCUCCUCCAGAUUUGGGCUGGUAUUGACUAAAAGCACCUUGAAGUAAUUCGCUAAGUCAUACAGUGAACGGGUACAAAGUUUCUGUUUUGCGAUAUUGAUAUUACACAUGGAAGUUUUCAUACAGUGUGAGCUUGAGGGGACUUUAGUUCAUCUUAUCCGAACAGGAAGUGUGCAUAGGAAGUGCUUUGUGUUCAGGCAAUGGGCACGAGUGUACCGCAGGACUUGAAGCACAAUUAAUGCAGACGACUGAAGCGUCAUUGUUAGCCUGGACGUUUUUUUCCUCAUAACGGUUGAUUGUUGUUAAGCCUCAUUAGCCAAAAUAAAUCCAUUCUUUCUAUGAAAGUAAAGCAUCUUGUGUGGACCGCACACACACGACAUCCUUACCCGCCACGGGACACGUCAGUUAUUAUAUUAUAUAGCCUAUGUUACGUUUGCUCUUCCUCUCUCUUAAUGCAUACAGAAAUAGUUUAUAUGGGAUGGUUUGGUCACUUUCUUCUCUGUAGCCUUUUUUUUUAUGUUUUGUAGGAUCAUUUCUUGUUAAGUGAAUGAUUGAUUGUUUGUUUGUUUGUUUGGACGUGAUGCUCGCUUACGUGGCGUGUCGGGAGACUGUCCGCUGUGUCCAUUUGUAUGGAAUUGAUCACAUUUACAGAAGAAAAGAACAUUCGAGUGUAAAAAAAAAAAUGAAUGUAAGAGAUUGUGGCUCUUCUGGUGUGGUUUCUAUCGAAUAAAGUUUCUCACUGAA